AUGAGUGCCUGGCAACCAUCCCCUCAAGGUCUUUCUGAUCUUUUACAACUCUUACGUGAAGCCAUCAAUCCCAGUAACGAAGGUGGUCAAAAUGUUCAAGAGAGACUUGAAUAUUUCAACAAAAUUCCUGAUUACAACAAUUAUUUAGUAUACAUCAUGACUCAAAUGCCACAAGAAGAUCAGUAUAUCCGUUCUGUAGCUGGUUUGACACUCAAGAACAAUAUCAGAUCUUAUUACCCUAGUAUUCAGCCAGAAGUACUAGAGUACGUAAAGCAAUGCUGUAUACAGCAUAUUGGUGAUGCCGAAGUUGGCAAACCUGUCAGUUUAGUCAUCGCAGCCAUCGUCUCUCGUGGUGGUAUUCAAAGCUGGCCACAGAUUCUUCAGGUUUUAUUAGAAAAGGUCGAUGAUCCCAAUCCUUCUAUGGUUGAGAACGCGUUUAGUACCUUCCACAAAAUCUGUGAAGACUGUGCUCGUGAUCUUGAUAGUGUCAUUGCAGGCGUAAAGCCUUUGGAAUUCAUGAUUCCCAAAUUCAUCCAAUUUUUCAACCAUCCCAACUCCAAGGUUCGUCAUCAUGCAGUCAGCAGUGCAUCUCAAUUUAUCACCCUUCGUUCAGAAUCUUUGAUGUCUCGAAUGGAUGAAUAUUUAAGCUCACUUUUCAACAGAGCUACUGAUGAUGAUAUAGAGGUCAGAAAGGAUGUCUGUCAAGCACUUGUCAGCUUGCUUGAAAUCUGUCCUCAGGUCCUUCUACCUCAUCUACCUAAUUUGAUUGAAUAUAUGCUCUUCUCUACCCAAUCAGAAGAUGCUGAUCUCGCUCUUGAAGCCUGUGAGUUUUGGCUUGUCUUUGCCGAACAUGAAGAGCCUGAACAUCUUCGCCCUUAUCUUCCCAAAGUCGUUCCUGUCUUGUUGAAGGGUAUGGUCUACUCUGAACUCGAUCUUAUGACACUUGGUGGCGAUGAAGAUGAUGCUCAUAUUGCAGACGACGAGCAAGACAUCAAGCCACGUUUUCAUAAAGCCAAUGUGGUUGAAAACGAAGGCGCUGGUAAGACAGAAGAUGCUAAUGCUGCUGAUAAGAAGAAGUCAGGGUUGCUGGAUGACAACGAGUCAGAUUUGGAUGAUGAGGACGAAGACGAUGAUUAUGAUGAGUUCGAAGAUGACGAAUUCUACGGUGAAUGGAAUUUGAGAAAGUGCAGCGCUGCUACCCUUGACGUUUUAUGUACUACGUAUGAAAGUGAAGUGAUUCAAAUUCUCAUUCCUCUUUUGAAGGGUGAACUUGAAAGUGCGGAUUGGCUUCAUCGUGAGUGCGGUAUUUUGGCUCUUGGUGCCGCUGCUGAAGGUGGUAUGCACGAAAUCGCUCCUCAUCUCCCAGAACUUGUCCCUUACUUACUUAGUAAUUUGAAUGAUCCCAAGCCUCUUGUCAGAUCCAUCACGUGCUGGACCCUUGGCAGAUAUUGUGGUUGGAUUGUCUCCAGUGCCAGACAAAGUCCUGAAGCUCGUCAACAUUACUUUGAACCUCUUAUUCAAAUCCUCUUACAGCGCAUUUUAGACAACAAUAAGCGUGUACAAGAGGCUGCUUGUUCAUCUUUUGCUCUACUCGAAGAAGAAGCUGCCGCUGAUUUGAUCCCUUAUCUCCAACCUAUUCUUACCACUUUCUCAGCUGCAUUCAACAAAUAUCAACAUAGAAACUUGUUACUCUUAUUAGACACUGUUGGAACAUUGGCUGAUAUGGUUGGCGAUAGCUUGAAUAAUCCUCAAUAUAUCGAACUUCUUAUGCCACCACUUAUCAGAAAAUGGGAAGAAAUUUCAGAUGACAGCAAUGAUUUGUUCCCCUUGUUAGAAUGUUUCUCGUCAGUGACAACCGCCUUGGGUAAAGGUUUCAAACCCUUCGCUGCACCUGUUUACAAUCGUUGUAUCAAGCUUGUCUGCGGUAUCAUUGAAGAAUGCCGUAUGGCUGCUAUGGAUCCUACAUUAGAUGAACCAGAUAAAGAUUACAUGAUUGUCUCUUUAGAUUUACUUUCAGGCAUUGUUCAAGCCCUCAACACAGAAGCCGAACCCUUAGUAGCAGCUACAAAUCCUCCUAUUAUUCAACUUAUAAAUGUUUGCAUUCAGGAUGAAGUUGCUGAAGUCCGUCAAUCCACCUAUGCUUUACUUGGUGAUCUCGCCAUCUCUUGCUUCGAGCAUAUUCGUCCUGUUAUCCCUCAAUUCAUGCCUCUUUUACUUCAACAAAUUGUAUACCAACCCGAUUUAGUGUCUGUCUGUAACAAUGCCACUUGGGCAGCUGGUGAAAUCGCUAUUAAAUGGGGAACUGAAAUCAGUGAAUACGUUGAACCUUUAUUACAACGUCUGUUCCCUCUUAUGGCGAAUGCUCAAAUUCAACGUACACUUUUAGAAAAUGUUGCUAUCACCAUCGGACGUCUCGGUAGUGUCUGUCCUACGAUGGUUGCUCCUCACUUAGAAAUGUUCAUCCAACCAUGGUUAAUGGCUCUCAGUCCUAUCCGUGACAAUGAUGAAAAAUUUUCUGCGUUUGAAGGUCUAUGUGAAAUGAUCAAAGUGAACCCUCAAGGUGCCGUGAAGGAAUUCUCUAAUUUUUGUACAGCUGUAGCCAACUUCCAAUCAGUGUCAAGUAGCUUGAAUGAAUCCUUUGGUAAUAUUUUGAUGGGUUAUAAGAACAUGUUUGGUGAAGCGCAAUGGCAACAAGGUUUAGCUACUAUUCCAACAGAAGUAAGACAAGUGUUACACGAACGCUAUGGUAUUUAA